AUGGUGUCACCAGAUUCUUCUUCAAACCCUAACAGCAUUCAUCAAUUUCUGAUUUCAAACCCAAUUCCUAGUCAAACCCACUAUGAAAGUCAACCUUUUGACGUUUAUGGAGUUGACUUGAGAAGUCUUGGUUCAUACCCCCAUCAAUCUCUCAAUGUACUUCCUACCAUUCAGUCUCUUGGUGAAAGAAUGUCAAGAUCAAUUGACCUCAUCCAAGCUCCUCCAAUGGCGGAUAAUGAACAAGACCUCAAUCAACACCACCAGAACCAGAAACUUUCACUCUCUUUAGGCUCUGGUUUGCUGUUUCCUUCUUCAACCCAAUACAGAGGAGGGAGAUGGAACUUGAUUUCUGAAGAAGAAUUACGAGAAAAAACUAGAAAAACUUUUAAUCCUUCAGAUUAUUGUUCUUCUUCUUCUUCAUCUUCACUUCAUCAAUCUUCUUCCACAUUUUAUGGAACAGAAUCCAUCUCCAUAUCAAUUGGUUCUUCAAGAUACUUGAAACCAACUCAAUCUUUGCUUGAAGAAAUCGUUAGUAUUGGUGGGAAAGAUCUUGAUUCAAGCAACAAAUCAUAUGCCCAGAAAUUAUCAUCUUCUGGUUGGCAAGGAUCUCUAGGAUUGUGUUCAGAAUUAAAAGCAGAAUUAUGCAGCAAUGGGUUGUCAAUGGAGAAGCAAGAACUUCAAGCUACAUUGGCAAAGCUCAUUUCUUUACUAGAAGAGGUGGAGAGAAAAUAUGAGCAAUAUUAUCAACAACUAGAAGAUGUGGUUUCUUCAUUUGAAUUGAAUGCAGGUUUAGGAUCAGGGAAAUCAUACACUGCACUAGCACUUAAUGCAAUGUCAGGACACUUCUCCGGCUUAAAAGAUGCGAUUUUGUCCCAAAUCUAUGUGACCCGAAAGAAAAUCUUGCAAGAUUUGCCCAAAAUCAACACGGGUUUUUCGCAGCUCAGCUUGUUCGAUAAAGAAACCAAUAGACAUAACCGAAUCGCCCUUCAACAGCUUGGAAUGAUCGCUAGCCCACGACAAACUUGGAGACCCAUUCGCGGUUUGCCUGAAACUUCUGUCAUGAUCCUUCGGUCUUGGCUCUUUGAACACUUUCUCCAUCCGUAUCCAAAUGACAAUGAAAAACUUAUGUUGGCAUCUCAGACAGGAUUGUCAAAGAAUCAAGUGUCGAAUUGGUUCAUAAAUGCUCGAGUUCGACUGUGGAAACCGAUGAUCGAGGAAAUGUACAAGGAAGAAUUUGCAGAUUCAUCUGAGGAUUCAAACCUGUGACCACAGAACCUGGAUAAUGAAGGUGUUAAUGUUGUAGGGUUGGUUUUAAUGGUGUUUUUUUUGACAGUCAAAGAGUAGAGAAAUGCAUGCAAACUUU